GGGCGCGGCGGUGGCGUGGGGUCUGCGGCCGCAUCUUUCUCUGGCCACAUCUCUCUCCGGUCCGCAGCGUCUAUCCACCCACAGCGUGGGGGACAGCCAGCCAGACCCGCGGACCGACCGCUGCAGACCGCCAGGGGGCGGGGGAUGCCGGGCUGCCGGAUCAGCGCCUGCGGCCCGGGGGCCCAGGAAGGGACGGCGGAACCGGGUUCCCCGCCGCCGCCUCCCCGGGAGCCCCUGUCGUCCCCUCAGCCCCCGCCCCCAACCCCGACAUUGGCCUCGACCCCAGCUCAGGCCUCACCGCUGCCCGAAGCAGCCCUGGGGUCGGCAAGCUCGGCCAAGGGGCAGGAGCUGCAGCGCUGGCACCAGGGCGCUAGUGGGGCCGCGGGGAGCACUGGGCUAGCAGGGGGCGCGGGCGGCGGCCCGGGCGCGGCGGCUGCGGCGGCGGGGCCGGGGGGCCGCGCGCUAGAGCUGGCCGAAGCGCGGCGGCGACUGCUGGAGGUGGAGGGCCGCCGUCGCCUGGUAUCAGAGCUGGAGAGCCGAGUGCUGCAGCUGCACCGGGUCUUUCUGGCGGCCGAGCUGCGCCUGGCGCACCGUGCAGAGAGCUUGGGCCGCCUGGGGGGCGGCGUGGCGCAGGCCGAGCUCUAUCUGGCGGCGCACGGGUCGCGCCUUAAGAAGGGCUCACGCCGCGGCCGCCGCACCCGCCCGCCCGCGCUGCUCGCCUCCGCGCUAGGUCUGGGCGGCUGCGUGCCCUGGGGCGCUGGGCGCCUGCGACGGGGCCACGGUCCCGAGCCCGACUCACCCUUCCGCCGGAGUCCGCCCCGCGGCCCCGCCUCCUCUCAGCGCUGACCUUCGCGCCGGGACCCCUGGCCACCCCGACCAGCAAUCGCCGAGGUGCCGACCGAUAGAUUGGGGACGCCAGCUGAAUGGACGGUGUCACCGACGAGGAUGGACCGACUGGCCGACCACAGGAAGAGACAGUCAGGGGGCCGGGGGACCAGUAGAAGGCUGAACUGAGCUCCUCCCAGCUCCUUAGAGCCUCGUCUCUGGAUCUGGACUCCUGGAUUCUGUUCCUUCCCUGGGCACCUCCUUCAGGAAGACUUCUCGAAUCGACCUUACACAAGCACGGCGCCCUCUUCACUUCACAGGAGCCCUUCACUUUAUAGUGGCAAGGGGCUGGAUUCUGGGGAAGUUGCCUAUACUAUGAAUUUCUUUAUAUAUGCCACAUGUGACUUUGGCUUACACUGUACAAUUGGAAAUGUUACAAUUGUACAGGUCCUUGAGAUGCAAUCAGAUUAUUUAAGAGAGCAGCAAACAUUUCCAAUGUGAAAGUGAAAAAGAUUUCUUUUAAAAAUAUAGUCAUCAUUCUUAAAUCACAGUGCAGCUGAGGCCCCCAUUUGGCUUCUCAGUCUAACAACGCCAGGAGGCCUGUUUGAGGGAAAACAUUGCUCUGAGGAAUUCCUUGCUGUCCUUGCCCUCUCUUCAUGGGCACGGGCAUGUGGCCCCUCAGAAAAAUGAUUGCUUCUAGGUCCCUGGGGGACACACCUCUUUCUCAGGAAGAAGUGUUGGUAACAUAAAAAUUCCAAGCUAAGUUUUAAAUGAAAAAAAAUGGGCACAUUUAUUCAAAUAUCCUAGGGAUAGAGGGAUGGGGGCCACACUAACUCACACGCAACCCAGAACUUGUAGAAUUCUGCAAAAUGAAUGCAUAUUGAGUCAGUCCCCUGAUUUAUACAUUCAGAAAGAAUAAAGCUCAGUAAUGUGAGACAAA